AGCGCGCGUGCGCGGUGUCGACGUUCUGGUCUGGAACAUGGCGGCGCGGUCGUUGUGGGCGGUGCAGCGGCUGCAGCGCCUCCUGGCCUCAGGGCUUGUGUCAGAGAACAGGGGAUGGCUACACCCAUUCAGCACUGCCACCCAAAGAACUGCUGGGGAAGACUGCAGUUCUGAGGACCCUCCUGACGUACUCGGUCCCUCCCUUGCUGAGCAAGCUUUAAGGCUAAAAGCUGUUAAACUGGAAAAAGAAGUCCAGGAUUUAACACUGAGAUACCAGAGAGCUGUCGCUGAUUGUGAAAACAUAAGGAGACGAACCCAGAGAUGUGUGGAAGACGCCAAGAUAUUUGGAAUCCAGAGCUUCUGUAAGGACCUGGUGGAGGUGGCAGACAUUUUGGAGAAGACUGCUGAGUGUUUUUCAGAAGGAACCAAACCUGAUGACCACAAGCUUACUCUGGAAAAAGUCUUUCAAGGACUGUCCCUUUUAGAAGCAAAGCUGAAGAGCGUAUUUGCCAAACAUGGCCUAGAGAAAAUGACACCAAUUGGUGACAAAUAUGACCCUCAUGAGCAUGAACUCAUCUGUCACAUGCCAGCAGGUGUAGGAGUACAGCCUGGCACUGUGGCAUUAGUACGGCAAGAUGGCUACAAACUUCAUGGCCGCACCAUUAGACUUGCCCGAGUAGAAGUGGCAGUGGAGUCUCAGAGAAGGCUGUGAACAAGCCCCCAGGAACUAAAACUCUCGCAGGUUCUGGCACCUGUGUCUCCUUUAUUUAUUAAGCUGGUUUGUAUUAUACAUGAGGUCCUUCGUGUGCUCCACUUUGGAUUUAGUCAUAUUGGCUUUAUCUCUACAGUAUCUUAUUGGUUUAUGUGGCCUGUUUGGUCUCAUCAGAAGUCCUGCCAUUGGGCAUUUGAACAAUGUGACAAGUGUCCUAUGGCCUUUUUCAAAAUGUUUACAAAAAUCAUUUAAGUUGGUACUCUGAUGACUGAAUCCAAAAUCCCUUAAUUGUGCUUUCAACUAAUUUCUGGAAUUAGUGCAGCAUCGUAUGUCUUAUAUUUUAUGGGAAAGGGAGAUGGUAGGGAUUGGUGUGACAUUUAGGUACUUAGAUUGACAAAGCUUUACCCUUGUAUAAAUUUAGAUCAUUUGGGUUGACAUAUAGAGAGAUUUUUCAAGGCUUUUUUAUUUCAUUUUUUAUUUAGUCAUCUUUUUUACUUGUAAUCCCUGCUAGGGGUCACACAUUAUUCUGUAGCCGCCCCUUUCUUGUCCCUUUUGGAAGGGCUAAAGGGUCGGUCGGGUCAGUCUUCCUUUUUUCUUCUUUAUAAGGUGUGCUCUUUUACUAAACUGAUCUCAAGUCCAUGAACAGGUCAGUUCUGCCUGCCUUGACAACACAACCCACUCCCAGGGAGACCAAAAGCCUCCAUAAAUUUCAAGUUGGAGAGUCCAGCAUGGGGGCCAAGCAUAGUAGUUGACUGUCCAAAAUUAAAAACAAAGUAUUAGGGUGGAUAAUUUUUUUUGCAAUACGUAAUUUACACAAAAGUAAUGCUGCUGUCUCAUCUCACUUGAAUACACUCGGAUGACCUGGGCAUCCUCCUUUCUGGAUUAGGGUGGGGUGCUUCUCUGGGGAGGACAAGGGACUUCCUGUAGCAACAACAAAAUGCAAAGUCUUCAACCACAUUGCAAAACUUUGGGGAUGCUUAUCCCAAAUCAGCUGCUGUCACCUUCACCAUUCCAGUUUUUAAAUCCUGAAUCAAAAGCACCAAUAUAUAUAUAUAUUUAUAAUUGAGAAAAAGAACAAAGUUGUCUCAGGGUUUUUUUUCCAUGCACAUGUUGUCAAGAAAAGGUGUGAACACAGCUCCAUCAUUGUCCGCCUAGAAUCAUUUGCAGUGCAUGAAGGAAGGACCGUAUUCCUUGUAUUCCUCCUUGCUGAACCAGGAGGCCAUAGUGGAACUGCCUAUCCACAUGGAGUACUUGCACUUGGGGAGAAUGGUGUUGAUCUUCACUGUACUAGGAGCCAGAUCAGUGAUCUGUAUGCUGGUGUAAUCGAUGCCUGGGUACAUGGUGGUACCUACAGGCAGCACCAUGUUGGCACAGACGUCUUUGCUGAUAUUGACACCACACUUGAUGACAGAAUUGAAGAUAAGUUCAUGGACACCAUAAUAGUCCACACCCAGAAAGGAAGGCUAGAAGAGCGCCUGGGGGCAGCAGAAUUGGUCCUUGCUCAUAGUGAUGACCUGGCUGUCGGAUGUAACUCUUCUCCAGGAAAAAGGAUGCAGCAGCAGGCAUGCCUUACUGGAAGUCCAGGGCAAAAUGGCACAAUUUCUUGAUAUUAGAUCCGUUUCCUGCUUGGCUAUGAGGUUGUAGCCAUGUUUAUUCUGGAACUUCAUGGGUAGGUCCUGUAGAUGGGCACUGUUGGGGAUGCAUGUGUGUAGAGUCCAUCAUGAAGAGUAGUUCUUGUAGAUGAGCACUGUGUGUGUGUGUGUGCAUGCACGCGCACGUGCAUGCGUGUCCGUCUCUGGAGUCCAUCAUGAGGCAGGUGAUGCCAGCAGAGUUGUACAAACAGCACAGCCUUGGUUGAUGAUCUUGAGCAUGAUCUGGGUCUUUUCAUGACUGGUGUGGGGUUAAGGGAACCUUCCUUGGUAAGCAGCAAGUGCUCUUCCAGGGCCACACGUGGUUCAUUGUAUAAGGUGUAGUAUCAUCUCUGUUAUCCAAGUUGGUACCACUCUCCAUGAACACCUCAGCAUCAGGAUGCUUUUGGUCUGGGCCUAGAUGCCCAUAUAGGAGUCCUACUGGCCCAUGUCCACCAUCACAUCCCCAGUUUGGUGGAUAAAACACCAUAGAAUCAAGAGAGCCUUGGACGCAUCCUCGCCUAUGCGGCCAGCGUUGUACAUGCUGGGGCCGGUGUAGCAGUAUCUGCUUCCAUGGCAGAUGGUAGCAGGUGGAGACUCAGCAGCAGAGAGACUUGUGUUGUCAGGUGAGUGUGGGUUCUGCAGAUCCUCUUCCCUUAUAAGCAGAGUUAUUUUCAGGCCCUUGGGUAUGAAAUACCCGUAACAAUACCAGUGGCAAAAGACCCAAACACAAUUGUAUAGGUAAUUACCUACAAAUGGCUGCUUCCACCAAUCCUUACUCCUGCCCUUUGUCAGAUUUGCCCUGGGAUCUUAUAUUAGAUUGUAUGGGGAAGUAAUGGACAAAAUGCUGGACUCCCAUGAAUUUCUCAUCUAAUAAUGCUGAGGUAUGCCUUUUUUCCUUUGUGGUUGAGACUGACAAAUUACUACUUCUCACAUCAACAAAUUUGUGUUUUUAGCACUGGGGGUUGAAUGCAAGGUCUCCAGAAUGCUAGGUAAGCACUCUGCGACUGAGCUCUGCUCCCAGCCCUGUUAAGCUGUUUCCUAGUUCUUAAAUCCAUCUUAAGCCAUAUUUGUUUGAACAUCUAUCUCCUCGUUUAUGUUUUAUUAACCUUGUAAAUUUUAUGAACCUGUAUAUUUUUUACAUCUUAACUGAUGCUGUAUAAAAGAUUUUACUAUUGCCGGGCGGUGGUGGCGCAUGCCUUUAAUCCCAGCACUUGGGAGGCAGAGGCAAGCGGAUCUCUGUGAGUUCGAGACCAGCCUGGUCUACAAGAGCUAGUUCCAGGACAGGCUCCAAAACCACAGAGAAACCCUGUCUCGAAAAACAAAAAAAACAAAAAAAAAAAAAAAGAUUUUACUUUUACUAAGUUAGCCAAAGGAGCACUACGGUUCUUUUAACAUAACCCUGCCAGGCAGGCGGGGAUAGCCUUGGUUAACAACUGCCUGGGAAAAGCAGUGCUGGCCUGUCUUGGGAUAACCUUGACAAUAUUUUACAUUGUAAAUUUCCCCCAUUUGUCCAAACAGUCAAACCUUGUCAUUCCUGGCUCUGUGAAAUGUGGUUAAUGACUCUAAGAAUACCUCUGGAGCCAGGAAACUGUAGGCUCCAGGGAUUUCUGUUUAGGGCUGGCUCCCUUUGGUGCAUUAGCCAGGAGCAGUCGCCUACUGGCUUGCAAGUUUCUCUUUUACUCAUCUCGUGGGAAGGCCUUUCAGUUCUGUAACAUAAGGUUACCCUUUCUGUUGCUUCCGAAGCUCAAAAAUCCAGUCGGUUUUAGGACAGACUCGAGAUAGCCCUCCUAGAUUCUUUGGACUGCCAAUUAAACUGGCACAGACUGGAUGAAUGAGAGGAAAGCAGACUCCAUUGUCUAUAUGAACACAAGAGUCGUGCAAAAUCUGAGAGUCGGCUUCAGAAAACUGGUGCUGUGAUCACAUCCUGACCUACAGAAGAGGCCUGGAAGAGAAAACUGGUGAGUGUGGGUGGUCUCAUACGUCUGGAGAAGCCCUCCGAUACAUAACUGCCAGUGUGCAUUUUCUUUCAACUAUUGCAUUAAAAAAGGAAAGUCAGUCUCAGCUACUCCUGUGACUGCAGUUUCCCAAAAUAACAACCAGCACAAUAUAUAGCAAAGACUAUUUUGGGGCAGCGUAUUCUAAUCUCGGACUUCAAGUCAUAUUUUCAGGUGGUAAGUUAACCCUCGAGUGUGAAGCCAUCCUCCUUCGACCUCCGUCAGAUCUAAACACCUGGACAAGGAUAAGACCUGGAGGUGGUAUAAAGUGUACUGGGAGCAGUAAAUAGUACUUUUUAAAAAUGUUUCUUUUUAUCUUUUACACAGUAGUAUUUUGCCUGCACGUGUAUCUGUGUGAAGGUGUUGGAACUCCAGGAGCUCAAGUUUAAGACAGUUGUAAGCUGCCAUGUUGGUGCUAAGAACUGAAUCCAGGUCCUCUGGAAGAGCAGCCAGUGCUCUUAAACGCUGAGCCAUCUCUCCAGCCCCCAAAUUUAAAAUUAUAUAUAUGACCAUAUUUUAUGUGUGUGUUUUGUCUCCAUUUAUCUCUGCAUCAUGUGCUUGUGGAGGUCAGAAGAGGGUGUGAGAUCCUCUGGAACUGGAGUUAGAAAUGGUUUGUACACCAUGUGUAGGUAUACUUAAAAAGUAUAGACUGAGACAUGACUCAGUGAUUAAGGGCAUUCCGACUGCUCUUCCAGAGAACCCAGGUUCUAUUUCCAGGACUGCAGUCAAAAGAUUUUCUUGGCAAGGCAUUAUUUUACCAUUUUACUAAGUGCCUGUUUAAGGAACAGUGAAAUUCCACAGUAUGAAUUUGCCUUCGUUCCUACAAGAUUGACAAAUGGAAACAAUGAGAAAAUGGGCCAUGUAUAUCUUAGAGUUACUUGCUGUCCUUGCAAGUGAACUAGAACAGAGUGUUGUUUUAGGAGCUCUGUUAUCUGGAGUGUUCUGAUCUCUCCACACAUUUUUGCAAGUAGAUCAAUGUUAGGUUCUUUUAUUCUGUUUUGCAGACUUAAAUCAUGAAUUCACAAUGAGAGGAAGCUAUAAUAGAGGCUCAAAGAAGGGACAUGGAAGCCACAACAGUGUAGUAGAACUCAAACUUGGUAGCAUAGACUUUGAGGGCAGUUCUGGUACCUGUGACUUCUGCCACCAGUCAUUCCAUGUUUACAAAAUAGUUAUAAUUCAUGACACUGAGGAUUACAUGAAACUCCAGUAAAUUCUCCUGUUUUGUUACUUAAAUUAUCACGGUUUUCUUGCAUUUUUAUGAUUGCCUAAAGUCUAGGGGAAAGGGAAGACUGGCUAAGUAAUGGUAUUAAAAAUAAAUUGUAAGCUAACCUGCUGUGACCUAUGUGGCUUGGGUCCUGGAACCCUGGCUAGGGUUGGUGAGGGAAUAAAGAGCAGACAGACAUACAGUCACACACAUAGUGAAGCCAGGAUCAGGUGGGGUUUUCUAAUGCCUCUACUACUGGGUGUUCAUUAGGUACAGCACAGGGGAAGACAUUAGCUAGUUUCGAAGGAAGCCUCUGGAGACCAACAAUCCCAGCUGUAAAUAUCCAGGAGGAGGAGGAAGUCUCAGUUGCUAGUCUUUGCACACACUGAUUAGUCUUCCAUAGACACUCAGACUCCAGAGAAAAGCUUUGCCAAUUUUCCAUGGGCCAAUUAAGACCUUGUAGUCCUCAGCAGGCCAUACCCAUAUCAAAAUACUCUUAGAACUUCGCUCCCUCAGGCUUCCCCACCAUUACACCAAGAGUCUUAGGGUUCCUGUUGGUGUGAUGAAAUACCACAACCAAAAGUAAAACGAAGAGGAAAUGGCUUGUUUUGCUUACACUUGUAUAUCAUCAUCAAAGGAAGUCAGGGCAGGAACCUGGGGGCAGAAACUGUUGCUGAAGCCAUGGAGCUAUUUACUGGCUUACUCAGUCUGCUUUCUUGUAGAACCCAGGGUGACCACCCAGAAUUGACUGAGCCUUUUCCCAUCAGCUACUAAUUUAUUAAAAUGCUCUCCAGGCCUGCCUAAAGCUGAAUUUUAUGAAGGCUUCGAGGUCCCUUCCCCUCAGAAGAUACUAGCUCUUGGUCAAGUUGGCAUAAGUCUAGCCAGAACACUAACCAUUCAUAAUACAUCUUUCCCUUCCCGUUCUGUCGUUUGGUCUGUUGCUUGGUUGACCUUGUUACAGAAGUGUGCACUUUUAGACUGAUGAACAAUUAAAUUGAGUCCAGACCUUUAAUUAUUUUCAUCUUGAUGGCUUUACCAUAAAAGACCUCGGUAUGCUGGGAUGGUGACCUAUGUCCUUGAUCAUAACACCCGAGAAGCAGAGACAAGAGGAUCUCUGUCAAUCUGAGGUCAGCCCAGUAUACAUAAUGACACUACCUUAAAACAAUGGGGGUUGGAGACAUGGCUCGGUGGUUAAGAGUACUGACUGCUCUUGCAGAGGAUUCAGUUUCAAUUCUCAGUACUCACAUGGUGUUCAUAACCAGUUGUCAGUCCUAAGGGAUCUGAUACCCUCUUCUGCCCUCUAAGUUUACCAGGCACACAGAUAUAGAUGGAUGCAAAUUGCCCAUACAUCAGAGAUAAGUGAGUGAAAUUUUAAAUUUUAAUUUUAAAGCACCUUGGCUUGCAGUGGACAUGUAAGGAAACAGAUGAACUUGCAAAAGACUUGAUGUUCUGGUGCUUGGGCUAACAAAUCUUUGCCUUUCCUUUGGUGAGUUGUUGAUUGCUCACACCCACGACAACAGGCUUGAUAAAUGAGAAAACGUUAAAGGAAAAUCAAAUAGGGAAAGAUAGGAUGAAGUAUACUAUUAACACAAGAAAUGCCUUUACAGCACCUGAAUUAAAAUGACUGCAGUUCAGAUGUGGACGGUUUGGUUUGGUUUGGUUUGGUUUGGUUUUCCUAGUGCUAGCGACAGCAUAUAGGGCUUCCUGUGCUCGGCCAUGGAGUGCUCUACCAUCAAGUCAUAAGCUUGGCCCUAGUCCUGGUGUGCAUACUGGUUUUCCAUACCCUGCCUUGAGUUAAUAUUGUAUGUUUCUUCCUGAUUUGUCUGUUUUUUUGAGAUCUAAGUGCCAUUUCUUCCUGUUUGGUUGCCUUUUCUUCUGUUUGCUUCUAUGCCUGCAUUGACUACUGAGAUUCUUCUACUUUACCCUUUGUUGUGUAACGGUUUCCUCAAAGAAUUGAAAUAUUCUGUGAUGGUUUGAAUGAAAAUGGGCCCCAUAGACUCAUAGAGAGUGGUGCUACUUGAAACGAUUUAGGACAGGUGGCCUUGGUGGUGUAGAUGUCACCUCGCUGGAGAAAGUGUGUCACUGGGGGUGCACUUUGGGGUUUCAGAAGCCCAAACCUGUGUCUUUCUUCCUGCUGUCUGUCAAUCCAGACGUAGAACUCUCAGCUAACUCUCCAGCACCAUGUCUACCUAUGAGCCGCCAUGCUUCCUGCCAUGACAAUAAUCUACUAAACCUCAUACUAUAAGCAAGCCCCCAAUUAAAUGUUUUCCUUUAUAAGUCUCACUGUGGCUGUGUUGUCUCUUCACAGCAAUAAAACAUUGGCUUAAGACACCUUCCAUCCUGAUUAUUAAGAGGGAAAGUAAAUAACUCAAGAUAGCUACAGGAACUCCCCGAAACUACAAGAUUCACUAGGUCUCUCCCUCUCCAAGAGUAUGUGAACAGUAAAGACUUUUGAGAGUUACUCUCAGAUAAGCCAUUACAAAGAGGAUUCUCAGAUAAGCCUCACCUCCUAGAAGAAGCAGAAACCAGGAGAACUUCCUUGAACAAAGACCAGUUAAGCCACCAGGAAAGGACACUCUCCAACUUGAGCUGCCUGCAGGCUGUGGUGUUCCAGGUUCCCGGCUUUGAUGAACUAUCAUCCGUACUGUGGUGGACUUUGGUGAUGGAGCUCUCUUUGAAUCACUUCUGCUCCUAUAAGUAACCCCUCAUAUUCCUGUAAGUAACCCCAAUAAAACUUUUGGUUC